AGGUGUUCCCAAUGAACGGGUUAUAUUAUUGACAGUGUUAACAGGCGUAAGCAAGUUGCUUAUGAAUCCUUCAAACUGAAAGAGCACUGCUGGGGGCAUGCAAUGACGGAGACAUUUCGCAGGCACCUGUAUGCAUAAAAUGCAAAAGAUGUUAAUUUUUAAAAAGUAUGUGCGUAUGUGUUCAGCCUCACUUGCUACCAGAAUGACAGUAAGGAAUACAGUUGAUUUUGAGAGAUGACAAAUGAGUCUGUCCUCGAAAAGGUUGAGAAUUCCUAUAUUAUUCUACUUGUUCUUAAAGUCCUGUUCAAGGUUGGUUACUCGUACAAGCUCCUUUCUCUGUCGCUUGUUCGCUCUAAUUUUGGAAAUGGUGCAUCUCUCUCUCUCUCUCUUUCUUUCAGAGUCUCUCUCUCUCUCUCUCACUCUCGCUCUCUGUACGGUUGAGCUGGCAUCGUUCCUGUUUGUUUUCAGCCAUUUUGGGCUGCCAGACUCUGAAACAAACUGUUAAAUGGCUGCCUCUUUUUCUCGGAGCUCGUGAGUCCCAGCGCUCCCGCAACUCUUCUUCUGCUGAGCAGAGAAGACGCUCCAGUGUGCGUGCGUGCUUUACGAGCGAAGAGCAGCUUAAGUGAAGCAAGCAGUCAGUCAGUCAGUCUGCCAGCUAGUUUGCGCUGCGCUCUGCUCUGCUGGGAUUAAAAAAAAAAAAAAAAAAACGGAACUACCUGAGAUGUUGCCGCUGCAAAUGAAAGGGACUAAUUUUUUUUCCUACAAUUCAAUAACAUGAUGUCAGACUAAUGGGCGACACUAAAAUGGACCAGUGUUGAGCAAGAGUCUGGUUUUUGAACAUUAAUCAGUAUAUCUGCUGCUCCCCAAAAACUGAAGUGACGUAGAACCCAUUUCUAUUCCAGAAGGGCCCUUGUGUUUUCCCAAAACUAGUAUACAAUGGAUACUGGGGAAACAGCAUGGUGUCCACAGCAGAGACAACCGACACGGGUCAUCCCGAUGCUCUCAUCUCACACUUGAAUGAUCAGCGUCUAAAGGGUCUUUUUUGUGACAUCACCAUCAUUGCAGGGGACACCAAAUUCAAGGUCCAUCAAAACAUCUUGUGUGCCAGCAGCUUGUACUUCAAAGAGCUGCUCAGCACUUCCACCAGGCGUCCCACUCACCUGUCAGAAAACAUCUUGGAGCUGCCAGAAGUGAAGGCUGACAUUUUUGCAGACAUCCUUGAUUACAUUUACACUUCUAGGGUGUCUCUCAGAGGCCCUAAAAGAACCAAGGAUCUGAUCAAAGCAGGGAAGAAGCUAAGAAUUCCAUUUUUGGAAAAGCUGGAAGAGGAGCCUGGCUUUAGAAGUGGCAAAAAGAAAAAAUACGACUUACCCAGCUCACCUAGCUCACCUUGCCUUCCCUGCACCCUGUUUCCUGGAAAUAAAGACGAGAAUAUGUCAUUGAACUCUUCACAUGUCAGACCUGAUGAUGCCAAUGACAUGCAGUGGAAAGCGACAACUGCAGAGGAAAACUUCAGGGCCUUGAUACAACCACUGUCUCCUAUAGACCUAACGGCUUCAGCUAGGAAAGAUUCUGAACUUCAGCCAUCUUCCUUGCCCAGUUCUCCUUUGCAGAGUACACCUAAUGAACUUCCUACUCACAGCUCUUUACAAACUUUGAUUUCUUCCACCCCUUCUGUAUUGGUUUCAGAUCCCAUGGAUACUGAGUGUGCUUCAGUAAGAGACAGUCCUAUUUUUAAGGCUAAAAUACCAAACUUAAUGACUGUUGAACCUGACCAUUCCACCACAGAAACAGCUAAGAUUCUGUUCAAUUUGAGCACAGGAGUAUUCCAAGGAAACAAAGUGAGCAAAGAAACCAGUACCCAAAGUGGAACUCGUAGUGUCCCUUCCAAGGAGAGAUCCAAGGUCCCAUGUCCAGACAAUGAUAAUGGUACAGAGUUCACUAUAAGCCCUUCACAACCAAAUUCAGAUCCUAUUCCUGUUGAGAGACUUUAUUGUGGACUUUGCAACCGUUCAUUCAGCUCAGCAUCUUCUUUAAGUCUGCAUAUGAAGCUGCACCGAUCUGGGAGGGCACUGUCCUGCAAAAUCUGCAGUAAGGCUUUUAUUCAUAGCAAAAGGCUACAGUCACAUGAAGCUUUGUGUGGAAGAACGCAACACAGUUCAAGUAUAGUAACUAUGGCCAAAGAUGAAGAAUCCCAAAAUACAGGUGAAAAAAAAGAUGGAGAAGAUGGAGAGCAAAGCAUCAAGGAGCCCAGGGAAGAUGAGGAGGAAGAGGAGGAGGAGGAGGAAGAAGAGGAGGGGGUGGUGGCUGAGGAGGAGGUGGAGAUGGAAGAUAAAGAGUUAAAAACUCCAAAACCCCUAUUGUUACCUGGAAAGACUUCCAAUAAAAAAGGGCGUAGUUUUUUAGUAAGACAUCGAAACUUCCAAAGGAUGGACAUGCUUCCUGAGGAGGAUCACUUUGUGAAAGUGGUUGAUGGGCACAUUAUUUACUUCUGUACAGUCUGUGAGCGGUCCUACAUGACACUUUCUAGCCUUAAGCGUCAUUCCAAUGUCCACUCCUGGCGUAGAAAAUAUCCUUGCCGCUACUGCGAUAAAGUCUUUGCUCUUGCUGAGUAUCGCACCAAACAUGAGGUCUGGCACACUGGUGAGAGACGCUACCAGUGUAUCUUUUGCUGGGAGACUUUUGUGACUUACUAUAAUUUAAAGACACACCAAAAGUCCUUCCAUGGCAUUAAUCCAGGACUCAUCACAAGUGAGAAGACACCCAAUGGUGGCUACAAGCAGAAACUCAAUGCCCUUAAACUUUACCGGUUACUGCCUAUGAGAUCACAGAAAAGACCUUACAAAACCUACAGCCAAGUUCUUUCUGACAGUAUUCUCAUGCCAUCUCAGAAUAUAUCUUCCAUCUCCUUGACAGCCUCUUUAGAUAAUGAACUUCCAGUAACCCCCAUGACUGAGGACCAACAGUUGUAUGGUAAUGAAAAACAACCCAUAAGCUUAAAGCAAUCCUCUAGUGAUUAUAUCCUCUUGAAUUCUCAAGAGCAUAUGUCCCUUGAGGUACAGGACAUAACCAAUCCUAGUUCCACACAUAGCCAAUCUGAUUCCAUUCAGUCAAAUAGUGAUAUGGAUGGCAAUGACCAAGUAUCAAGUCAAAAUUUACCAGGAAAAGAGGAGUCAGGGUCAACUGUCAUUGCAUAUGGACAUCCCAAACCCUCCGUUAUAAUGCACAGCACUGCAGUGUCUUCUGUUAUCAUGCACAGUAACCAAGUGGGAAAGUCCUCCGUAAAUACUAACAGUAACUCAAACACUCAUCUUUCUCCCCCAGUGUCAGGUGAUCCACUUUCCAAAAAAGUAGCCCGUCCCAUCAAGAAGCAAGUUCUUAAACAAUAUAUCCAAUCUCAGAGCAGGUCUUCAGCUGAGAGAUUGGAAGAAGAACAAGGAAUGGACCUUGAUAAUGAAAAGCCUAUGCAGAGGCAACUUAAGGCUGCUGCUGAUGGCAACAGUGUAACCUAUGUGGCCAAGCCAGCUUGCGUAGGGGCAUCAGAAACCAAAGGAGGAGCUCCAUUGUGUCAGAUAACUGUUCGCAUUGGGGAGGAAGCAAUUGUGAAGAGAAGUAUUUCGGAAACAGAUCUGAUGCGUGAUAAAGGACCUCCUGUCAGCAAAAGUAAAAAAAUAGAAACUGUCCCAGAAGAUGAGAACCAGCACCAUCAUCACCGUCAUCACCACCGUUUUCGCAGUACAGAAUCUGAUAGAGAAAAGGAGAAACCUAAAGUUGGUAAACAAAAAGAAUACUACUUGCGUCUUGAAGCACGAGAGGAAGACAGUGACCAGGAUGCCGAGGACAACCUGUGGAGACCUUAUUACACUUACAAGCCUAAAAGAAAGACCUUGCAUCUGCAAAAAGUCAAAAAAUCCAGUUGGAGAAGGAAACUACGAUUUAAGCGUUCUUUGAGACUUAUGAGGCGAGCGGAGCGUCUUAUGGACCAAAAUUUACAGAAGAGUAGCACUGAUCACUCAACCACAUUAUCUCAAUCAAUCAAUGAACCUGGAGACCCUGAGGAGCACGAUGACAACGUCACAUGCUCCGUCUGUGAUGAAGAUUUUCCUGACUACUCAUCGCUAAGGAAACAUGAAAGGCACCACCAGUCAGGUAAAUCUUUCAAAUGUAUUACCUGUGGCAGACAAUUCUCUACAUUGAAGAAAUUGGACAAGCAUGAGCUAAGCCAUCUGAUAGAGUUUGUCUGUAUGCAGUGCCAAGAGUCCUUCCAUUCCAGGGAGCUUUUAGAGGAGCACCAGAAAGUACACCAGGUAGAGGCAGAUGGCCAAGUUGUUGACAAAAUGAAGGAACCUGGCAAUGUGGACAAGUGCAACCUGCCUCGUGUUGGUAGGAGACCCUCUAUUCGCCAUGCUUGCACAUAUUGCUCAAAGAUUUGUAAGACUGCAGCAGCUUUGGGGAGGCACAUGAAGCGACAUGAGAUUGAUAAAGAGGGUUCAGCAGACCCAACUGUUGAAGUGUCUGGUCAAGCAACAGAUGGUGACCCAGCAAAUGUGAAACCUGAAGAAACUGAUAGAGAGCAAGAAAAAUCAAGACCAGUAAUCAAUUGUUCUGCUUCAAAUAUGGAGACAUGCGAGGUAAGCAGUUUUGAAUCUCCAGAGAAAGUUGCAGUGUCAUCUGACUUGUUGGUUUCAAAGCAGUUAAACAAAUCGAGUAAUAAAGAACUUACUCAGAAUAAAGAUGGUGAAAAUUUGAGCCCAGCCCUCUCAUCAAGUGAGACAAAUCAACUGUGUGGCAGUACCAAAACUGAAGCUCCUGUGAGAACAGAAGUAAUGGAUAGCACUCCUCCAACAGUUCUAGUAAUGAACGGUAGAGACAGUUUAGAUUCCUGCAAAUGGGAAACAGUAACACCCAUCAGAGUACAGGGAAACUCAACAGAACUAUCUGGGGGAACACUCCAACUGCCUUCAAAGCUGUUGCACACAAAGGACAGUAUGUUUGAAUUUUCAGGUGAUAACCAUAUUGACCAGGUUGAGAGUGUUCCUCAGAAACACCAUAAUAAUACUACAAGUACAAGACAUCCAGUCAAUGAGGCUGUCAAUAGAAUUUCAAUGAAGGAUGAAGACAGCAUCAUUGAGAAUGAGCCCAAACAAGAACAUUUGAGGCCUGGUCCUGAAUGUGAUGUUGUAUCUCCACACCUUAAGAAAGACAAAAAGUCUGAGCAUGCUGCACCUUCUCGAGCAACUACAAAUUCCCCACAGAAAUCAACCCAAGUGUAUGUUCAGGGGGAAAACUUGGAGUUCAAAAAAACAGUUUUGCACAUCGGUCCAGACAUGUCUCAGCCCAAACCAAUGCGCCAUAAGGGCAAUGAUCUUCCUUCAGCUUCACAAGAGCUCAUUGGACAUCACUUGGCAAAAUUAGGUCUUCCUGUACAGGAACAUAGGACCAGGUCCCAUUAUGGGAGGGACACGCCUACUCGGGAUCCACUGUUAUCCCACACAAGGAAAGAGGCACAGGAGGCGCAUGGGCUGCUGUUGCCACAUAAAGAAGAGAAGCUGUCACCUUCUGUGACUGACCUGGGGAAACCACAAACCACUCCAAGUGCUGCUAACGUGAUUACUUCACACGAACCGACAUUGGCACAGACCACUUUAAACAAGUGCACCCAAAAAACAAUGAAAUCUCCCAGUCUGGGCCCAAAUAACCCAACACAGGAACUGCUGAUGUCUUGCAUGGGGGGAAAAGGGACUGGCAUACAGGACAUGUCUGGACUACUUCCUAGUGGCCCAGCGCCAAGCCUUAUGAUGUCCCAUUUGGCAGGAGUUAAUGAGAACAUUUGCAAAACGAUGCUGAUGUCUCAGAAAUCUGAGGACCUCCAAGCAUCCACUCCACAGGACCUGCGUAUGCACAUGAGUUAUCCAGUUCAGGACUACCCUUUGCCACUUAUUGCACCAGGGGGCUGCCGUUCCAGCAAGAAGCAGGAGGAGAACCUCUUGGUUUCUUACCCAAGCACUGCCAUCCAGUUUGGAGACUUUGGAAAGGUCUCAAAUGGAGAGCUGGCCAAGUUGCCCUUUUAUCCUGACCCCUACCAGCUUAUUUAUGGACCGCAGCUACUAGCAUAUCCAUAUAAUUUAACAGCACUUCCCAUGGCUUUAAACAUGGUUGUCCCAAAUGAGAAAGGAGAUCCUCUCCCUUUCCUCCCCACCUUCUUUAGCUAUGUAAACCCCUGCUCAAGCCCCAUGCAGGAGUCACCUCUUAUGGCCAGAGCAAGUCGUAGCAGCAACAGCCGAGAAGGGACCCAUCAGUAGAUCAAAUUAACAGACAGGGCAACCCCCAACCCUCCCACCCUGACCCUCUGGGAUUUUGGCAUCCCUUAACCUUUCCUCCUUAAUGAGUACUCCUGAACAGGAGUGUCUCUCCACCGUACAUCUCUGUCCUGUUCCAUCUUAGGAUUUUAUAAAUGAAAAACAAAGAACAGCCGCCUUUUAAGGCACAUUACAAUAAACAGGGUGUAUGUGCUCUUAUUCAGUCUGCUUCUCAUAGUGAUUGCAAACGUUAUUUUAUGGCUGUUGUUUUUUCUGUCUAUCAAAGAAAAGUGAUAAAACUGGCAACAUUUUUAGCAGGUAGCAAGUACCCUCAGACCUGCCCCCUCUGUUCAGUAACUUCACUCUUUAGGGGUUUGCUGCUCACUUUACCAGUACAAGAUCCCUUUUGUUCAGCUGUCUGUAACUUGAGGAAUGUAGUCGAUCCCACCCAGGUUUCCCAGCCCAGCUACUACCCCCACCAUCAUAUCCCAGGCUUACCAAGUAAAGGGAGCAUCCUACAACGGCCCAGAAAAAGAAGCACUUUCAUCUCAGCCAAGGCAGAGGAACCUCACAAGAGAGGAAAGCUAUGGAAGGACACUAAUAGCAUGAAGCAGAAUGAAGACAGGUAAAACUCCAGGCAGGAGUUCACAGACUUUAUUGGGGAGGGGGAGGUGUGCUAUCAUAUGGUACCCAAAAAGCUAAAAUCAGAGGUACCAAAUAGGGCAAUUUUUUAAAAUUGUCAACUGGUGUUAAGUCAGUUGUUCUUUGUCUGUUUUUUAGUACAGUUCUCUAAUGCUGUGUCUAUUAUUCAUGCCACAUCUGGCAAGAUUUUUUUUUUGGUCAGUUCUCACUGACAUUAGUUACCUCGACUUCCUGUACUGAAAAGCCACCCAUUUCUGGCCAAAACCAAACUCAUGACUCUUCUUUGUAUAGUAGAUGACCCUGGAUAGCAUCCCAGAUUUUGGCUAGGCCUCCGGGAAUUACAGUUUGCCUGCAGUUUGCUGGUCUGUCAGAUCAGCAAUUUGUGGAAAAAUGACAAUGCUCUGAUCUGGGUUUCUAGACAAGCAUUCGUCAAUAGGAAGAAGUCCAAGUGGCAUAAAAAGAAUGCACUAACAGUGACUACAACCCUAAAAACACACUUGUCUGCUGCCUUUACAGGAAGCGGGUGAUCAACCUUUUCCACGUUAUGAUAACUUAAGACAGAAAGGGUUCUGACUGCACAGCCUAAGAGUGAGAGAACUGUAUGCACUGAGAUCUGGUAGAUAUUACUUUUCCUAUUUAGGAGAGCUUUAUGGUUUUAACUUUAUUAAGUUAUAUAUUGUAGUUCCUGCCUAAAGCACCGAUUCUCCACGGUUCUUAUUAGGGACCACCAACAGUCUUGGUUUCUGUUUCUAACAAUUUGUUUGUAUACAUUGUCAUUGAAAAUAGGGAAGGAGAGGGUCUUAAUAAGCUCCAUAUUUCACAUGGAGCAUAACAUAGGGAACUUAAUUUUGCUGCCAAAGGCACUUCACUUUUGUGGUUGGGCAGGAUCCAGCUCAUCCACAGAAGCUCUAAAAUCUAUCUAUCUAUCUAUCUAUCUAUCUAUCUAUCUAUCUAUCUA